AAUUUCUUCUCUGCUCUGUAAUUUCUCCAAUUCAUUGAUCAGAUCAGCCAUGGAAGACGAGAUUGAACUGAAAACUGCUCCUGCUGAUUUCCGGUUUCCUACAACAAAUCAAACCAGGCACUGCUUUACUCGGUACAUCGAGUUCCAUAGGUGUACAACUGCAAAGGGCGAGGAGUCUAAUGACUGCGAGAGGUUUGCCAAGUAUUACCGCGCUCUCUGUCCUGGAGAAUGGGUUGAGAAGUGGAACGAGCAGAGGGAGAGUGGAACUUUUCCAGCAAGAACCAUGGAUUCGAAAGCAAGAGACGAUGAAAAAACCCCAAACAUGGAUUCGAAAGCAAAAGGCGAUGAAGAUGCUCUAAACAUGCUCUUAAAGCUUCAACAGAGAGUUGAUAAAAUCCAUUCUGAGAUGCAAUCUUCGGGAGUAUCCGCAACAACUUCAUCUGAUAUUCAAAACAUCUAUGACGAAAUCCAACAAGUUCUCAAGAUGACUACGAAUACGCCUCAAGAACCGAGUAAAGUGUCGCAGCAUAUUCGCGACGAGCUUGACAUGGUGUUUGUUAUGGAGGAAGUUGGACACUCGUGCGACUUAUGCCAGAGAGAUCUCGCCACGGAUCCAGAACGGCCUAAUGCUCCCUUGCGCAGCUUACAAGAGGCGUCCGUGCUGUCUUGUGGUCAUGUCUACCACUUCAAGUGUUUGAAAGGAACCACCCUUGAUAUCGAUAACCAUUCUAAUGACCCGUCCUGCAUUUUCUGCAUUAGCUUCUCUAACUAAAUCAACCUUAUCCCAUGUGGAUUCAACUUUAG